GGGAAUCGCGAGUGGGCUAGAGCGGCACGGGCACGGCGGGAGCCGGCCGGUCAUGGAGGACGAGAAGAGCUUCACAGAUCUUUGCGGCGGCCGCCUGGCCUUGCAGCGUCGUUACUACUCGCCGUACUGCCGGGAGUUCUGCCUCAGCUGCCCUCGGCUCUCGUUGCGCUCACUCACGGCUGUCACCUGCGCGGUGUGGUUGGUGGCCUACGGGCUCUUCAGCCUCUUUGAGAACAGCAUGAUCCUUUCUGCUGCCAUCUUCAUCACCCUCUUAGGCCUACUUGGUUACCUCCAUUUUGUGAAGAUUGAUCAAGAGACUUUGUUAAUCAUUGGUUCCCUUGGCAUCCAGAUGACUUCAUAUUAUGCCUCUGGCAAAGAAAGUACCACCUUCAUAGAAAUGGGCAAAGUCAAAGAUAUUGUCAUUAACGAGGCUAUUUACAUGCAGAAGGUGAUUUACUACCUUUGCAUUUUAUUGAAGGAUCCUGUGGAACCACAUAGAAUAUCCCAAGUAGUACCUGUCUUCCAGAGUGCCAAGCCCCGGCUGGACUGCUUGAUUGAAGUGUACAGAAGCUGCCAGGAGAUUCUGGCACACCAGAAAGCCACACCAACAAGCCCAUGAGUCCCAGCAUGCAGAAGGCCAGUACUGUCUUCCAUGGGGGAUGUCUCCCAAGCCAUGGUGGCUGGUUUGUUUUCUCUAUAGUAAAGCAUUAGGUGGAUGGGCCUAGGAUCCACCAUGCACUGGAUCUCAGAGCCAUAGAGCAGGUGACUGGAAUUUGAUGCAAGUAUUUCUGUGUACUCUGGUGUUCCCCCAGUAAAGGUGUACUUUACUAACCAAUGAGAGAACUUGAGAAUUUUGACAUUUCUAAAGUGAUGUUACAGCUGGGCACUGGUGGCUCACACCUGUAAUCCUAGCUACUCAGGAAGCUGAUA